AUGGCUACCCUUGAUCCUCGUUUGUUCUACGAGGAGGCACUCGUCGACAAUGGGAUCACUCAUGCCUUUGGUGUCCCUGACUCCUGUUUGAAGGGAUUCCUAGCAUAUUUAUAUGCUACCAAAAAGUCUCCAGAACAGAUUGUCACAGCUAGUGAAGGCGCUGCAGCUGCGUUGGCUGCAGGUUACUAUCUGUCAACCCAGAGUCUCGCCGUUGCAUACAUGCAGAACUCAGGUCUUGCAAAUGCAUUAAACCCUCUGCAAUCUUUGGCUGCCAAAGAAGUGUUUGGUAUCCCAAUGCUUCUUAUGGUCGGCUGGCGAGGACGACCAGGGGAGCAUGACGAGCCUGAACACCUCUUGGCAGGCCCUCGUACGCUGGAGACUCUGGAGUCUCAAGGGUUUCCUUAUGAGAUCCUGCCAGACACUCUUGAAGACACCAAGAGUGCAGUUGCGAGGCUCAUUAAAGCCGCCAGGGAAGGACAAACCCCUGUUGCUCUUGUCAUUCCCAACCACAGAUUCGCUGCAUAUCGACCUGAGCAGGAAGCGAGCAAUGGUGUUUGGCACCCAGCUGUUACAAACUUGGCCAAACAUACAGUUAGACCUGAAGAUUGGCGUUCAUCGGAAGGACAUCUCCCUCUGUCGCGGGAACACUCCAUCAGAAUCAUUCUCAAGAGGCUCUACCCAGAAGAUGUCACUGUAUCUUCUGUUGGGGGCAAUUCUCGUGAGAUUUACAUGGUUCGAAAAGAGAGCAACGAGGACCUGUCUCGUGCAUUCUUAUCCAUUGGAGCCAUGGGCCAUACAUACCCUCUCGCCUAUGGCGUUCAGAUCGGUCAUCACAAAGGUCGCGUCGUCUGCGUUGAAGGUGACGGUUCAUUCUUGAUGCACGUAGGCAAUGUGGCCGUCCUGGCUGCUUCAGCCUCGGACAAGUUGAUCCAUGUUGUGAUUCACAACGGCAUACACUGUUCAACUGGGAAUCAGCCUGUCCCGAUCAGCACCAACAACCUUCUUUCGCUAUGUGGAAGCUUGCCUUACAAGCAGAAAUUCUUUGUAGAUAGUGCCGAGGGUCUUAUCCAGGCUUUUGAGUGGGCUGAAAAGACGGCUCUGAUUGUUGUUGUCGUCAAUCAGGACGUCUCGAAGGAUUUGCCUCGUCCCUCGGAGCACCCGUUUGAAUUGCGAGAUGCGUUCAUCUCCCAUUUUGCCAAAUAG